UGCCGCACGGAGCGCUCGCUAACGUUAGCUUUCGGGCAAAGGGCGUGAAAGCUGGCAUCAACAGCGCUUCGCCUGCAGCGCUGAAAGGCGCGACGGAUCUGUGCUCUCACUGCGGGCCAGCAAAACAAAAACACAUGGAGGGAGAAGAGAUACCGCCAACUGCGGGGCGAAGCACUUUAAGACUGGAAGCGUUUAGAAAGCUGCGCUGUCAAACAAACUAGACUUUGGUUAGGAGCAUCUGAUGCGUCUGACCCGUGUUUAACGGCACGGACACCGUGGCUGUGUUUUUAUUUUACUGUAGUUUUGCUGUUGGCAUGACAAACACUCAAUCUCUGAGUUCGUGAACUUAGCUGGGCUGUUAGGGGAUAUCGAAGCCCGAUAGGAAUGCAGACAAAGGGAAGUUUGCGUUAAAAGCCAGCUCCAUCUUUAACUGAUUUACUUACGUGCAGGGUGAACUCUGGCUUCUGGGUGAAUGGGUAACUUGCCCACUUGGUCACAGUGGGCAUGAAUUCAAAUGUUCUUGUUUGUUGGUUUGUUUGCAGCACACAUUUUGCUUUCACUUGCAUGUUUAAACUCACUAAUCCAAAUUCAGCGGUCUUCUGUUGUGUGCAGCCCGUCUUUCUGGGGUGUGACAGAUUUUGACUCUGCUUGGUAAUGAUUUACAGCAUUAGCAGCUCACCUUCUAAACACCAAGGACUAGUUAAUGUUCACCUGUCAGCGCCGCAGAAAUAAUGUGCUUAGACUCAAAGUGACCCUUUACUGCACGUGUCUGAAAUCCUGGUAAUGGUUUACGUGUCAGUCUCCCCCCAUUAGUUGUCCUUUAUGAUAACUUCAAAUGCAGUCAGAAGUCAUUUAUGUUUCCUCCCCCCUCCCCUCUGUCCUCCGCACAGUUUGGAGAAAGACAGAUGUAGAAAAAUGCCAGUGACCCCUUUUAAACCGUUUAUCAUAUCGGCACAGGUCGGGUUGGCACAGAAGAUGGAAAAUCUGCCGCAGUCUGAUUCCAGUUGCAUUGAUUUUGAGCACAGCAAAUUGCUCAUGAAAAACAUACAGCGUGGGUGGUGCGCAGAGCCGGGGAUGUAUUGUGGCUCUUAAAGACCGACAGACAGAAUGUUAAGAUAGCAUCAGCUGUCAAGCAGCAGCAGCAGGAUGUCUGAGUUCAGCGAGGAGCCGCGCUUCACUAUUGAGCAGAUAGAUCUGCUGCAGCGGCUGCGUCGCACCGGCAUGACCAAGCAGGAGAUUCUGCAUGCACUCGACACUCUGGACCGGCUGGACCGGGAGCACGGGGACAAAUUUGGCCGCCGCACCUCUUCCUCCUCCUCCUCCUCGUCCUCCUACGGCGUAGGCGGGGCCAACAGCUGCACCAACAACUCUGCCUCUAAUACUACUACUACCACAUCAUUCAACAAUAACAACACUGCCUCGGCAACCACCACCUCUUCAGCGUCAUGCAACGGUGGCGCCAUCAACAGUGGCGGUGAGGGCGGAGCCGCCGAUCACGCAACCGCUGCCACCUCUUCAACGACCUCCAAAAUCUCCACAGCCACGCAGACGCAGUUCAACAGCGCCGGGGGACUCUCGCUGUCUCCCAGCAACAGCUACGACACGUCCCCGCCUCCAGGGCCGCCACCGCCCUCUGCCAUCCUGCCGUCCCCGGUCUCGCUGGUGGCCCUGACACAGAACGGCCGCGACAGUCUAGCUGCCACCCCCAACGGAAAACUGUCUCCGCCACGAUAUCCGGUGAACAGCGCUGCAGCGACACGAGCGUUCGGGUUUGAAUCUACAGAGGAAGAUCUGGAUAUCGAUGAUAAGGUGGAGGAGCUGAUGAGGAGGGACAGCAGUCUGGUGAAAGAGGAGAUCAAAGCCUUCCUGGGGAACAGGAGGAUCUCUCAGGCAGUGGUGGCGCAAGUUACCGGCAUCAGUCAGAGCAGGAUCUCCCAUUGGCUGCUGCAGCACGGCUCUGACCUGAGCGAGCAGAAGAAGAGGGCUUUCUACCGCUGGUACACGCUGGAGAAAACCACACCAGGUGCCACUCUGAACAUGCGACCAGCUCCAUUACCUCUGGAGGAAAUGGAGUGGAGGCAAACCCCGCCCCCCCUCACCACCGCCCCCGGAACCUUCCGCUUGCGUCGGGGAAGCCGCUUCACUUGGAGAAAAGAGUGCCUGGCUGUGAUGGAGAGCUACUUCAACGACAACCAGUAUCCAGAUGAGGCCAAAAGGGAGGAGAUAGCAAACGCCUGCAAUGCUGUUAUUCAGAAACCAGGGAAGAAGCUGUCUGAUCUGGAGAGGGUCACUUCUCUGAAAGUUUACAACUGGUUUGCCAAUCGUCGCAAAGAGAUCAAGAGACGUGCCAACAUUGAAGCCACAAUCCUGGAGAGCCAUGGGAUAGACGUCCAGAGUCCAGGGGGACACUCCAACAGCGACGACAUCGACGGGAACGACUUCUCGGAGCAGGCCUGUGACCUCCCCUAUUUUGACAAAAGACCUCUCAGCCGACCUUUUGGCCUUUAUCGCCUGGAGCCCACCUCGCCCACACAGGACGACAGCGCAGCGCACAGCGAGCACCAGGACCCCAUCUCUCUGGCUGUGGAGAUGGCUGCAGUCAACCACACCAUCCUGGCCCUGUCCAGAACCGGAGGGGGGCCCAACGACAUCAAGACGGAGUCCCUGGAGGACGAAUGAACCGCACAGGACCUGGGACGGAGGAGGGGGGACGAGAGAAGGGGGAGUGUAAAAGAUGGAGUUGGGGGACUGAAAAGAGACCAAAGUAUUGCUACUUAGUAAAGCUUCAGCAUCUGCUCCUCAGCCAGCCCCUUACCAACUCUUCCUUCUCUCCUGGCCUCCCCCUUCCUCUCCCCUCCUCCGAGUAAUCCUUGUAAACAGUAAUUACCCCCAACCCCACCUUACUCCAUAUAUUGACACAGCUGGCAGAAAUGGGUGACUGUAGGCCCCGUGAUCUCUGUGGAAAUGAUCCACAGAAGAAAAGGCGGCUCCCGCAAACCCCUCUAAACGGCGGCUCUUGUCCGGGAGUGUGAAUUCUCUCUUCCCCCUCAGUACAGGAUACCUCUUCUUUCCUUACCUCGUCCUUGCUCCCCUUCUACUUCCCUCUCCAGCCUGGUCGUCUGAGCCGAUCCUCAGUCUAUCUCACCUCAACGUCAACCUCAGAAAAGUAAUGUGUACUGUAUAUAUAUUAUAUACAUGUUUUAUACAUAUAUAUGUAUAUACAUAUAUAUGUAUAUGGUUCUUAUGGUUCUCAGUCUCACUCACCUCAUGGUGUGCUACCUAUCUACCUACUUACCUGACCCUCAGAUUCACCUCAUCAUUGUGCAAUUCAUCAGAAGAGCAACCUCUGGCCUAACAUCUCGGGAAAAAUGGACGAAGAGAUCUUCCUCUUCUGCCUCUCUGGCCACAAGGAAGUCAGCAAAAAUGAUAUCAGAGCUGCGCCGGCACUUUUGUCCUCUGUCCAUUCCUCAGUAGAAUAAAUGGCUUUUGGUUUCCUUGCAGUAGAGCUGCUAGGUUGGAUAGAAACGUAUCUGAACUUUCUGUAGUAGCCUUACGUUCACGCAGACAGACGUUGUUUUUUGCAGUACAAGCAGGUUUUCAUAAAACAGGGAUGGGGACUGUGAAUCACUGCACACACUGAUAAUGGCAAACGGUAUCAAGGUUUAUAUCCAGCAGCAGCAGCAGUGAUUCGAGGUUCCUUACUUGCUCUUCCUCUGGUUCUAGGUCAAACAGCAACUGGACUUUGUCAUUUCUGUUCCCUGUGACACUAUUGUUAAGUACUAAAGACUAUGAGGAUCAAGUUAAGGUCAAUGUGAUAAUCGAGCAAACUUUGUAAGCUAUCUAAUAAGACGAGUUAUGCUUUGUUUGAAACGUCAUCCAUGCCAAAGGAAAAGAGAGACGCUAAGCUAAUACUGAUCUGAAAACAGUGUUAAAGUCCAUCCAAAGUUAUUUAUACCAACUCCUUUGGCCUACGCAGGUUUAUUUCUUGACUCAGUAUAGGCUUGACACUACAGCAGGCCUGUGUCAGUAAAGGUAGGUAUUAGCAGCCAGGCAUACAAUGAUAAAAAACCCUGAAGCUUUUUACUACUUCUGUGACGCUGCCUCGUUAUAAUAGUAAUGUGCUUUUUCUAAUAUCAGAGAGAGCAAAUUAGAUCAACUCCACAGUGAAAAUGGUUACAAAUAUCAGAAACAUGUUUGAGGCUUCUUUCAUCUCUGUAGCCUCGGAGAAAAACUUGCAUCUCAAAGGGAAUCAGAGUCACCGACUCCUAAAGAGGUGAUUUUUCUUCUUUGCCCUGAUGGAAGGAUCUCCAAAACCAUCUCUUAUUGAAUAUCACUAUGUUGUGAGGUGGGUUGUUCCUGUUCAUUGCUGUGGGACUCGACUGUUUAUUUUCUGUAUUAUUUUUUUAAAGAAGUUAUUUCUGUAUGCCAGAUAUGUCCUAGCACGAAGUAGAGCUAGAAGCUAGCUUUGCUCAGCUUAGCCACAGGACAGAAGCAUUAAGGCCAGCGUUGUCUAACGGGGACAAACCAAAUGUCUAAAGCUUAUUCUUGAACGUGUGACAUUUAUUGCGGCUUUUCUCUGUGGCUACUUGUGGAUCUUUUAACCCUCCGGUUGUGUUGACCCCCCACCCCCUUACUUUAGUGUUCCCGGUCAAAAUUGACCGGUCAGUUUUAACAGCUCUUAAAUUAACAUAAGAAACAUUUUUCACCACCAAAUUCAGUUCAGUUGGUGGGUCAAUGGGUCGUUCAGUAAGUCGUAAAAGGGGGUCUUUCAUUUUGUCAUUCAGUGGCCCAUUCAGGGGGUCAGAGGCCAAAGGGGGGGUCGGAUUCCCAUUCAUUUUCUAUGGCGGUCACAUUUGACCGGGAACACCACAGAUGUAACAAAGUUGAUUAAAACACUCAAAAUUCAACGAAAGAGGUGCUCAUCACUUUUAUAUGUUCAAGUGCAUAGUCGUAAGGCCUCGAGGCAAUCGGAUGUAAAACACAAUAUUUAUGAGGGUUUUUUUUAAUUUGUAAAUCAGUGAGAUUUGAUCCGAACAUGACAGGAAGGUUAACUCCGGCCUGAAUGCUAAACUGAAAACUAGCGUUAGCAUUGACUGUUAGCUUAAAACAUAGAAGAAUUUUUGUAUUUUUCUUUUUAAGUUUUUGCCAUGUUUUAUGUGUUUAAUCAGUACAAAACGUCAACCAAGUGCACCUUUUUUCCCUUUUGGAAAAAGCCUGACUUUCUGCUAAGCUAAGUUAAGCUAGCUUCUAGCAUUAGCUCCAUAGAGUCAUAACGAAAAUUUUUUAAUUACAUUUCCCACGAAGUCAGACUAGUCCCUGCCUUAGCGAUGGUUUUGGAGAAAGAAAAGAAUAUUCUACGAAGCGGGAUUAAACAAAACAGUCUCCCAGAAAUUUAAUGCCAAUCCUCAAGUUUGUGAUAGUUUGAUUUGGCUGUUGGUGAUCAUGCACCAAAUAAGUUCACAGGUUUAAUACUGUGGUUAAUGUCUGGUUCCUGCUUGUACACUAACUUCCAGUCCUCAGCUGUAGUCUAGUAAAGCUUUAUUUAAUUGUCCUGCUUCAGUAAGUUCAAAGCUGCAAUACAGUGACUCUCAACUGGGACCUGAAAAAGCUCAAAGCUAAAAACAGUAUGUAUUUAUACUCAUUUUUUAUGGUAUUGUACAAAAACAAAUAAUGUUUUGGAAAUGAAUCGUGCUUUUUUCCUAAUUAUUUUUCUCUUUUUUUAGUUCUUAUUAUUUGAUUGUUUUGUUCAUCCCUUAUUUGACUGAACAGCAGUCUCCCCGUUUGUAUUGGAUAUAGUAAGCUACUUUAUAAAAAAUAAACCAUGAUGCACCUUAAUGAAAAUUAGUAUUAACUAAAAUUAACUAAGUAUUGAUGUUAACUAAACUUGAAAUGUAACUUUUAACCAAAAGUCCAAUUUCCAGUAUAUGAUGGGGAAAGAAGAGAAAUUCCAGUCGAGCUGCUUCAUGUCAUUCUAAACUAAAGCCCCAAUAUGUUCCAGUCUCUUUGGUAAAUAACACCACACCAAACUCCCUGAUAAAAUCUCCAGUUUCUGAUUUGAACAAGAGCACAAGCGUGUAACCUGUGUGCCUGUUUUUUGACUCGGACAGAUCGAAGCAUUCAUUCGUGAACUGAGCGUGUGUCUCAUUAAACUACUUAAAAUAAUUAAACUACUUGAAACAAACACUUUUUUUUUUCCCUUCUAAAGAUUUUUGGGGGGAGUUUGGUGUGAUGUUCCCCUACAAAGAACUGGUGAAAUUAGUCUUGGGUGAUUGUGGGUGGGAGGAAGAAAAGUAAGGCAUGCAUUCAGAGAUUAUUCCCACUAUGAGACACUUUUAAAUGAACUGCCUUUGACAAGUUACUUUCCAAUGCAUUGGGCCACGGCAUCUCGUGGCCCAAUUAGCAAGUAUGAGUUUUAAUCCGCUAGUAUUGAAGCUUGACAGAAAAGUUCAUGGGGUGGAUGGAAGAACCCUCAGGUGCUCACAAAGUAGAUUGUGCUGUUUUUCCUUUUUUUUUUUUUUUUUUUU